CUUGAUCAAAGAAAAAACGAAUCGUUUUACAUCAUCCACAUUCCAGAUUCCACUGCUGCCGUCUUCAGCGUGAAGUCAAAUAAGGGAAAACAGCUGCCAGAGUCAUUCGUUUCUAAAGAAAUUUACUUUUCGUCGGUUUGCAAAUUUACAUCCGUCUGUUCGUUUUCUCUCUGUGUAAGCAAAGCAAAACUUCCUUUUCUCUCAAAGAUCCAAAUCGAUCUGAAAUUAUGAGCGAUGUCUUCGAAGGAUACGAGCGCCAGUACUGCGAGCUCUCUGCAAAUCUCUCCCGUAAAUGCAACUCCGCUUCUCUUCUCUCAGAUGGAGAGGAGAAGAAGGAGAAGAUCUCCGAAAUAAAAUCUGGACUGGAUGAUUGUGAUGUGUUGAUUCGGAAGAUGGACCUUGAAGCGAGAAGUUUGCAGCCAAGUGUGAAGGCUAUGCUUCUUGCAAAAUUAAGAGAGUAUAAAUCUGAUCUUAAUAAGUUGAAGAGGGAAUUUAAGAGAGCAACUUCAGGUAAUGCUGGUCAGGUUGCCCAUGAAGAGUUGUUGGAGGCUGGAAUGGCUGAUGUAAGAUCGGCUUCUGCGGAUCAAAGGGAAAGAUUGUCUAUGUCAGUAGAGAGACUAAACCAGUCAGGUGAUAGGAUUAAGGAGAGUAGAAGAACAAUGCUGGAGACAGAGGAGCUUGGUGUUUCAAUUCUUGAAGACUUGCAUCAGCAGCGACAAACACUUCUACAUGCCCAUAACAAGCUUCAUGGAGUAGAUGAUGCCAUUGACAAGAGUAAGAAAAUCUUGACUUCUAUGUCUAGAAGAAUAAGCAGAAACAAGUGGAUUGUUGGCUCAGUAAUUGCUGCUCUUGCGAUUGCAAUCAUCUUUAUUAUCUUCUUUAAGUUUUCUCAUCGCUAAUAAACCCUCGGAAUUGUGGUACAUGUUAUACGUUGUUACUUUACAUGUAAUGUGUAUAUAGAAUCGCCAAGUGAUCUACUGAACAUCAACCAUUUACCAUUCAUGCUGUAUUUUUGGAAUUGUACAUGCUUGUCAUUUUCCUUUCAUGUUGUCAUUAUGCAUUCAAGAAAAGUUAUCUGGUUUUAUUUA